AUGUACAGCCGCAAGCUGGAGCGGAUGCACCGCCCGGCGUCGGACAUCACCAAGUAUGACAACGAGCCCUACAUGAAGAACCCCCUGCUGAAGUUCCGCAUAAGCGAGGUGCACGAGCGGCGCCACUUCCAGUUCCUCAAGCAGAAGGCGGCGGAUGUAAAGGUGCGUGUGGCACGACAGCACUGGCAGCCAGAACCGGAUAUGCGCCUCCUACCGCAGUCCCACUAUGAGGACAAUUUGCGACGCGAGGUGCGAAAGAUUGUGGUGCCGCCGAUGCUGAAGCGUACAGAAGCCAAGAUUCUCAGCUUCGCUUCGGAGAGGCUCAAGAACAAGUAUCCGGAGCUGGUGAAGGCCUACAUGAAGGAUGUUCACGCGGAGUUCAAUCGUUUGAUGAAAGUCUACAGCAUGAAGAACAUCCUACGCCACCCGGAGUUCCCCGACGAGGAUCCCUCCCAGUUCGAGCUGCCGCGUGCCGACGUCAAUACACGGCGACCUGGGCGUACGCAAAACUACAGCAACUUUCUGGAGAACCGUCGGCGUAUCGCGCAGAAGCUGCUCAUCCUGCAGCUACCGCUUCGGGCCAUCCUUAACCUGUCCGUCGGUGAGCUGCCUAACUUGGCCUGCAUCUUCAACUACGUGCUGGCCACGGGCGCCAUGCAGCAGCAGUUGGGUCUGGGCGGCCGAGAGGCGCUCGCCCACAAGUUUUAUCGCAAGUAUAUCCAGAACCAGUUGGACAAGGUGAACACCUUCAUGCGUUGGGUCUGGUAUCCCAAGAUCGUCGCCGUGUUGCGCAAGCUGUUGCGCAAGCGCGUAAUGCCAAUGAGCACCUGGAAGCGGGCCUGGGACGCCAUGGAGGGCCUGAUGAAUCGCGAGAUGACCAACAUGAAAAUUCGCACCUUCGAGGAGAUGUACCGCAUGUGUAGCCAUCCGCGCACCAUGCCCAUGCUGCGCAUGUCCUUGGAGUGGUCCGAGUUCUCGGGCGAUCUGGACAUUCGACCCAAUGUGUGGAGCGUCAUGCGUACCUUUGCCGAAAUUGCUACUGAGAUCUCAAUGGUGGGAUACAGGAUGGAGCCGCUGCAGCCUCAGGUGCAGACAUUGACUUCGAUGGCCAUGUACGCCAAGGUGAACGAUUACCUCAAGAUUGAGAUGAACGAGAACUAUCUCAAGGAUGUUAUCAAUAAGGUCCAGGACAUAAUCAUGAACACAUAUGCGGAGGUAAACAAGUAUAUCGAGGACUUCCGCAGUAAGUACUACGAGCUAUAUUCGUGGCAGGAGCGCGACGCCCUCAACCAAUUCCUGGCCGAGCCGCAUGAGUUCGAGGAGUAUUUUGCCCGGAUCGACAAGUACUACGAGUUCAUCAAUAUGCUGCGUAGCGAACCAGGGACCGAGUACUUUGUCAUGGCCGUCAUCCACAACGAGCCAGCCAUAAUUGGUCUACGCACCCUGGCCGAGAACCUGAUCACAGAGAUUACCACGAUCAUCAUACAGGAGCACAUUAAAGCCGAGGUGGAGAUCUGUGACGAGUUCGAGAAGAUUAAGUACCGGGCGCUAGAGAUACCCAAGUCGACGGAGGAGUUGCUCGAGAGUGCGGACUACAUGAUCCAUGUGAAGAAGGACAAGAUUGCCGAACUGACCGACCGCAUUCAGUACUGCCUGCAGGUGGGCACCAACAUUGUCGAGCUGACCGAGAUGUCGAAGUACCACUUCGAUCUGACCAUCAAGACGAUCAAUUGGAUCAAGGACAUCAACGAUAUCUGCGAUUAUAAUGCAUCGCAGCAGGAGCAGUAUAAAUUUACCUUUGAGGAGCAUCUUCAGGAGGUCAUCAAGAAGCUGAACACCGACAUCGAGGAGCUGCUGCCCAAGAUGGCGGUCAUUGACGACAUGAGUCGGCCGGACAAAUUCCGUGACAGCUACAUAAUCCUUCAGAACUUUAUCGAUCAGCUGAAAACCUUUGACGACUAUGUGGCAUGGAUCAACAAGGAGGAGAAGCUCUUCAAGAUUGCUCAAACCAUGUAUCCCACGCUGGAGGUCAUCAAGACGUUCGUGUAUCCAUUCGCCGAGCUCAUGAAGUGCUGCAUUGAUUGGCAGCGAUAUUUGAACGUGUGGAACGACGGACCCUUCGAGUACCUAGAGCCGCAGUUUGUGGAGACCACCACGGACAACUACCUAAAGGAGUUCCAGAAGAAUCAGAAGUACUACAGGGUCAAGAUAAAGCAGGAUCUCAUCGACAAUCCCGUGUGCAAGUUCAAGGGUCAAACGGAAGAUCCCGAUCCAGCCAAGCAUCCGGUGCCGCUGCGGCUCUGUACUUCGAUGAUCCAGUCUAUCAAGGACUUCACCACCGGAGUCUUCAUCGUGAAUACCAUGUGCAAUCCAGCGCUGAGGAAGCGCCACUGGAAGGAAAUGUCUGAUAUAGCUGGCUUUGACGUUACCCCUGAUGCAGGCACCACGCUGCGCAAGAUCCUCAACUCGGGCCUGGACCCAAUCCUAGACCAGUUCGAGAUCAUUAGCAUUGGGGCCAACAAAGAGCUGCAGCUGUGGAACGCGCUACAAGCCAUGAUCAAAGAGUGGGAGACCAGAGCUUUCCCCUAUGGCCCAUACAAGGAGACGGGCGUGCAGAUUCUGAGCAGCCUGGACGACAUCCAGGCCCUGCUGGACGACCAUAUCCUCAAAACGCUGGCCAUGCGUGGCUCCGCCUUUAUGAAACCGUGCGAGGAGGAAGUGCGUGCGUGGUAUGAGAAGAUCAUGCGCGUUAAUGAAACACUGGACCAGUGGGGCAAGGUGCAGGCCAACUACCUGUAUCUGCUGCCUAUCUUCUCUUCGAAAGACAUCGUGGCCCAGAUGCCCGAGGAGGGUCGGCUCUUCACCAUCGUGGAGCAGACGUACACCCGGAACAUGGGCCUGGUGCUUCGCCAGCCGUUGGUGAUGGAAACGGCACCUGUUGCCGGACUGCUCGAGUCCCUGCAAAAGGCCAACGAGCUACUGGAGGACAUAGCCACUGGCGUGAGCAACUAUCUGGAGAAGAAGCGCCUCUACUUCCCGCGAUUCUUCUUCCUGGCCAACGACGAGAUGUUGGAAAUCCUCUCUGAAACGAAGGAUCCGUUACGUGUACUGCCGCAUCUAAGCAAGUGCUUUGAGGGAAUUAGCAGCCUGCAAUUCGAUUCGGCCAAGAAUGUGCUGGCCAUGUUGAGCAGCGACAAGGAGUCGAUUGACUUCAUAGACCAAGUCUCAACGGCGGCAGCCGGCGGCAGUGUGGAGAAGUGGCUCAUCGGCGUGGAGGACGAGAUGCUAAAGGCGGUGCGCUACCAGAAUGAGCUCUCCUUCGCCCACUACCCGAAGGUGAAGCGGCACGAGUGGGUGCUGGAGUGGCCCCAGAUGACAGUUCUGGCUAUCUCCCAGGUAUACUGGGCCUCUCGUGUCCAUAGCUGCCUGCGUCGCACCGUUGGCGGAAACCAGAUCGUCAUGCAGAACUUCUUCCAAGAGUUGGCUAAGGAGCUGACCGACGUUGUGACCCUGGUCCGGUCACCGAAGAUCAGCAACCUCAACAGAAUCACAAUCAAGUCGCUGAUUGUGAUCGAUGUGCACGCCAAGGACGUGACGGAGGAGCUGAUCCGGCUGAAGAUCAGCAGCGAGUUCGAUUUCCAGUGGCUGGCCCAGAUGCGGUACUACUGGGAGGAUGAUAAGACCUGGGUGCGGAUCAUCAAUGCCACAGUUCCGUUCGCCAACGAGUAUUUGGGAAACUCGGACCGCCUGGUGAUUACACCGCUGACGGAUCGCUGCUACCGCACCCUGGUGGGUGCCUACCAGCUGCACUUGAACGGAGCUCCCGAGGGACCAGCGGGAACUGGCAAGACGGAGACCACCAAGGAUCUGGCCAAGGCACUGGCCGUGCAGUGCAAGGUGUUCAACUGCUCCGAUGGUCUGGAUUACAAGGCCAUGGGCAAAUUCUUCAAGGGACUGGCCUCGUGCGGCGCCUGGGCCUGCUUUGAUGAGUUCAAUCGUAUCGAACUGGAGGUGCUCUCAGUGGUGGCUCAGCAGAUUCUGCUCAUUAUCCAGGCGGUGCGCGGCCACGUGGCCAAGUUCAUGUUCGAGGGUACCGAGCUGACCCUAAAUCCCGCUUGCUACGUCUGCAUCACUAUGAAUCCCGGCUAUGCGGGCCGUUCGGAGCUUCCCGACAAUCUGAAGGUGCUUUUCCGCUCGGUGGCUAUGAUGGUGCCGGACUACGCCAUGAUUGGAGAGAUCUCGCUAUAUUCGUACGGCUUUGUGGAUGCCCGCAAGCUGGCAGUGAAAAUUGUGACCACGUACCGGCUAUGCUCGGAGCAGCUGUCCAGCCAGAACCACUACGAUUACGGCAUGCGAGCCGUGAAGACGGUGCUCUCCGCCUGCGGCAACAUAAAGAAGCAGUUCCCUGACGAGGUCGAGGACAUUCUGCUGCUGCGCAGUCUGAUCGACGUUAACCUGCCCAAGUUCCUGUCGUUCGAUGUACCGCUGUUCGAGGGCAUCAUCUCGGACAUUUUUCCGGGCAUCAAGUUGCCGCACAUUGACUACAGUCUGGUGGAGGAGGAGUUCAAACGGGUCUGCGCGGAGGAGGUGCUGGAACCGGCGACUAGCUUCCUCACCAAAGUCAUCCAGACUUACGAGAUGAUCAUCGUUCGACAUGGUUUCAUGCUGGUGGGCGAGCCACUGGCGGGCAAGUCUAAAACACUGCAAGUGCUCGCCAAGGUCAUGUCAGCGCUAAAGAUCAAGGCGCCGCAUAAGAGCAGCUACUUCCAGCACGUUCAGAUGGGCAUAAUGAAUCCCAAAUCCAUUACCAUGAACCAGCUGUAUGGCUCCUUCGAUCCUAUCUCAUACGAGUGGACUGACGGCCUGGUGGCAAAGAUUUUCCGCGACUUUGCCAUGACGCCAACACCGGACAGGAAGUGGGUAAUCUUUGACGGCCCCGUGGAUGCUGUGUGGAUCGAGAACAUGAACACUGUGCUGGACGAUAAUAAAAAGCUGUGCCUGACCAGCGGCGAAGUGAUAACCAUGACUCACGAGAUGUCGAUGGUGUUCGAGGUGAUGGAUCUGUCGCAGGCCUCGCCGGCCACCGUGUCCCGUUGCGGCAUGAUUUACAUGGAGCCCUCCACACUCGGAUGGCGGGCCUUCGCCAAUAGCUGGCUUAAGAAGGCGGAUCCCCGGUGGGCGGACGAGGAGGGCGUGGAAUAUGUGCUGGCACUGCUUUCCUGGCUCCUGGUGCCUUGCCAAACCUUCAUCCGGCGGACUUGCAGUCAGUUUGUCAAGCCCGGAGAGUUCAAUUGCUUGCUGACCACCUUCGAUCUCUUCGACAUGCAGAUCGCAGAGGCUAUCGAGGAGAACCCAGAGGACUAUCAGAAGUACUUGGUGAGCUACUUCCAGGCCGCCAUCUUGUUUGCUUUGGUCUGGGGAGUGGGUGGAGUGCUGGACACUGCUUCCAGGGAAAAGUUCGACCUCUUCUUGAGAAAGCUUUGGGAUAAUGAUGACGCACCGCUACCAGAUCCGUUGGGCAAGAUGGAGAUAACCCCGCCCUCCGAGGGUCAGCUGGUCGACUAUGUGUUCAUGUAUAAGCAGCGCGGAGCAUGGCGUUAUUGGCCCGAUCUGGCCAAGCGAAUGGACGUGGAGGAGACAAAGACGGGCGUGAUUGUGCCAACGGUGGACACGGCACGCUACGUCCACUUACUAAAGAUGCACGUGGAGCAUAAGAAGCGGAUGCUGUUGGUGGGGCCCACGGGAACUGGAAAAACAGUCUACAUACAGAACUAUCUGAUGAACAAGCUAGACAAGGAGGUGUACGAAACGGGCUUCAUCACCUUUACCGUGAUGAUCUCGGCCAAUCAGUGCCAGGAGCUGCUCAUCUCCAAGCUGCAGAAGUGGAAGCGUGGCAUCUACGGUCCGCCCAAGGGUAUGCAGAGUGUGCUCUUCGUGGACGAUAUGAAUAUGCCGGUAAAGGAGGUAUACGGGGCCCAGCCUCCGCUGGAGCUACUUCGCCAGUUCUUUGACUACGGCCACGUCUACGAUCUUCGCGACAGCUCCAAAGUCUACAUCCACAACGUGCUGAUUAUAGCCGCUUGUGGUCUCCCCGGCGGCAGUCGCCAGGAUGUCUACGCCCGCUUCCUGAACCACUUUAAUGUCUACUCGAUCAACACGUUCAGCGAUGACAGCAUGUUCCGGAUAUUCCUUAAUGUGGCUCUAAAUGGCUUCCGACGAUCUGGCCACGGUCAGGAUGUAUUCGUCGUUACCAACCAGAUAGUGACUGCCACGCAGAGCAUCUACAAGAGCGUGCAGUCCGAGAUCCGAGCAACGCCCGCGAAGUCCCACUACAUCUUCAAUCUGCGUGAUAUCUCGCGCGUGGUGACAGGCUGCACGCUGGUGCGGAAGGAGUCCGUUUCCGACAAGAAGAUCUUUGUUCGUGUCUGGUAUCAUGAGGCAAUGCGGGUCUUCUAUGAUCGUCUCGUGGACGACACCGACCGCAGAUGGAUGUUUGACAAGCUGAAUGAGUGCCUCAAAUCCAGUUUUAAAGACAAGGUGGAGACUGUCUUCGAGCGCUAUUGUGUGCAGGUCAAGGACGAGCAGGUCUUCACAAUGGAAGCGGCCACCAGUAUCUUCUUCGGUAUGUACUUUGACGAGGACAGCGUGCCGGAUGAGCGGCGCUACGAGGAGGUACCUAGCCCAGAUGUCUUUCUUAACUUGGCACUGGCGAGCCUGGCAGACUACAACUCGACGCGCCGCUCGAAGAUGGAUAUCACCCUAUUCACGUUCGCCCUGCAGCAUUUGAAUCGCAUAUGCCGUAUUAUUUCCAUUCAGGGAGCCAGUGCCUUGCUCAUUGGCUUGGGCGGUUCGGGACGCCAAUCCUUGACCAAACUGGCCACCAAUAUGGUCCAGACGUCGUUCUUUCAGCCGGAGAUCACCAAGAAUUAUGGGGCCAACGAAUGGCACGACGACAUCAAGGCUAUCCUUAAGGAGGCCGGCGGAAUGAACAAGCACACCACCUUCCUUAUCACCGAAAAUCAGAUUAAGAUGGAGCUCUUUCUGCAGGACAUCGACUGCCUGCUCAAUCAGGGCGAGGUGCCCAACAUCUUUCCGAUCGACGAGAAGCAGGAGGUGCUGGAGAUGGUGCGCCUGGCUGCCCAGGGGGGCAACCGCAACAUCGACGUCUCGGCGCUGCAAGUCUUCUCCUUCUUCGUGGAACGCUGCAAGCAGAAACUGCACAUCGUCCUCAGCUUCUCGCCCAUCGGAGAUGCUCUGAGGACGCGGGUGCGCUUGUAUCCCUCGCUGGUGAAUUGCUGCACCAUUGACUGGUACGACAGCUGGCCGGAGGAGGCAUUGCAGAUGAUAGCCAAGAUGUCCCUGGUCGACGUUAACGUGCCCAACGAGGACAUCAAGCUGGCCAUCAUGGACACCUGCCAGUACUUCCAUACGACGGCGGCGCGAGUCACGCGUUCCUUCUGCCAGAUGUCUGGGCGCCACAUCUACCAGACCAACGCCUCCUUCAUCGAGCUGAUCCGCUCCUUCCAAACCCUUAUUGAACGCAAGCAGAGCGAGACGAUGCUUGCCAAGAUGCGUUACAUUGGCGGCUUGGACACGCUGGCACAGGCAGCAGCUGCCAUAUCGAUUAUGCAAAGGGAUCUCAACGCCCUGCAGCCCAAACUGGUGGCCCUUGCGGAGGCCUCACGUAAAAUGAUGCUGGAAAUCAACAAGGAGACGCUGGCUGCCAGUGCCGCCGCCGAGCAGGUGAAGCGCGACGAGGAGGUGGCCUCCGUGCAGGCCGAGGCCGCACAGGUGCUGAAGCACGACUGCGAGCGGGAUCUGGCCAAGGCCAUACCCGUCCUGGAAGACGCUCUAAGCGCCUUAAACACCUUGAAGCCAGCGGACAUAACGCUAGUUAAGUCGAUGAAGAAUCCGCCACCUGUUAUCAAGCUCGUGAUGGCCGCUGUCUGCGUGAUCAAGGGGAUUCCGGCAGAACGCAUCCCAGAUCCUGCCAGUGGAAAGAUGGUGCAGGACUAUUGGGGGCCUAGUAAGCGUCUGUUGGGUGAGAUGAACUUCCUGCCGGCUCUGAAAGAAUUCGACAAGGACAACAUUCCGCCAGACAUCAUGAAGCGCAUACGUAAGGAGUUUAUACCAAACAAGGACUUCGAUCCCAAGGUUGUGGCCAAGGCGUCGAGUGCCGCCAAGGGUCUGUGUCAAUGGAUCAUCGCCAUGGACAUGUACGAUGAGGUGGCCAAGGUGGUGGCACCCAAAAAGGCCAAGCUAGCCGGAGCGGAAAAGGAGUACGCCGACACCAUGGAGUUCCUUGCUGAGAAAAGAGCCCUGGCGCUGGCCCUCGAGGAGAAGGUGGCUCAGCUGAACAUCGAGUUGGACAAGGCCAAUGAGGAGAUGCAGAAGACGGAGGAGCACGCCGAGAACUGUCGCAACAAACUGCUGCGAGCCGAGGCCCUCAUCGGCGGAUUGGGCGGAGAGAAGUCACGCUGGAACAAAGCGGCGGAGGAUCUGCAGGAGCUGUAUGAUCAUUUGCCCGGCGACGUGCUCAUCUCCUGCGGCAUCAUCGCCUACCUGUCGGCAGUGAAUCUCCAGUACCGCAGCGAUUGUGUCAACGACUGGUUUAAGAAGGUCACCGAACUGAAGAUUCCCUGCUCCGAGAAGUACUCCAUCACGAACGUACUGGGUCUGGAGGUCACCAUCCAGAACUGGCAGCUGGACGGCCUGCCCAACGACGAUUUCUCCACCGAGAACGCCAUCAUCUCGUCAAACUCCAGUCGUUAUAGCUUGUUCAUUGAUCCGCAGGCGCAGGCCAACAACUGGCUGAAGAACAUGGAGCGAAAGAACCGGCUUAACUGCGUCAAGUUCAACCAGGGCAACUACAUGAAGGUCAUAGCGGAGGCCCUUGAGUAUGGUACGCCGGUGAUUAUCGAGAACGUGCAGGAAGAGCUGGAGGUGCCGCUGGAUCCCAUCCUGAUGCAUCAGACCUUCUUACAGGGCGGCGUCAAGCACAUCAGCCUGGGCGAGACAGUUGUUCCGGUCAACCCGAACUUUCGCCUGUACAUGACCUGCAACCUGCGGAACCCGCACUUCCUCCCGGAAACCUUCAAUAAGGUGACGGUCAUCAACUUUGCGCUUACCCAAAAUGCUCUUAUGGACCAGCUGCUCAGCAUAGUGGUGGCCAAGGAGCGACCCGAUCUGCAAGAGCUGCGCAUUAUGCUCACCACAGAAGCGGCCGCCAAUAAGGGAGCUCUGCGGGAUGCGGAGAACAUGAUACUGAAGACGCUGAGCGCCGGUGGGGACAUUCUGGAGAACGAGGCGGCCAUACAGAUAUUGGCAGAGUCUAAGGGUCUGUCCAAGGACAUUGUGGAGAAGCAGGAGGCCGCCAAGGAGACCUCGGCCAAGAUCGAGGCUUUCCGGCUCAACUACAAGCCCGUGGCCGUGCACUCCUCCAUCCUGUAUUACUCGAUCACGGAUCUGCCGAACAUCGAUCCCAUGUACCAGUUCUCCCUGAACUGGUAUAUCAACCUCUACAUGUACUCCAUUGAGACGGCCAACAAGUCCAAGGACCUGCCCCGCCGCAUUAAGUUCCUAGUGGACGGCUUCACACGUAAUCUAUACAACAACGUCUGCCGCUCGAUCUUUGAGAAGGACAAGCUGCUCUUCUCCUUCAUCCUCACUGCCCGCAUCAUGCUGGGCACUGGCCAGGUUGAGAUGCGACAUUUCGCUCACCUGGUUACCAAUGCCAAGGAGUCUACCAAUUUACCGCCCAAUCCCGAUCCAAGCUGGAUAACGGAGACCGUGUGGCUUAACGUGCUCCGACUGGAGGAACUCAAGGAGCUAAAGGGCAUCGUGGCCCACUUCCAGAAAAACCUCUCCGCCUGGCAAGCGAUCUACGACCAUUCCUCACCGGAAACGGCACCGCUGCCGUCUCCGUGGCACGACAAGACCACCGCCUUUGAGAAGAUGAUUGUACUGAAGGCUCUUCGCCCGGACUCCGUCUUCCUGGCGGUGCGUAUCUACAUCGCACAGUGCAUUGGCGAACAAUACGUGACGCCGCCUGAGUUCGAUAUCUCGAAGUCGUACGCCGAUUCCACAGCUCUGACACCGCUGGUGUUCAUUCUGUCACCGGGAGCCGAUCCCCUGGGCUCUCUGCUGGCCUUCGCCGAGAAGAUGGGUCAGGAGGAGACGUUCCAGAGCAUUUCACUGGGCCAGGGCCAGGGUCCGAUAGCCACGGCGCUGAUCAAGAACGCUCAGGAGAUGGGCUAUUGGGUUUGCUUGCAGAACUGCCAUCUGGCUGCCUCAUGGAUGCCCUACCUUGAAUAUCUCUGGGAGAACAUGGACACCUUCAACACCCAAGCCAACUUCCGGAUAUGGCUGACGGCCUAUCCCACGCCUCAGUUUCCCGUCACUAUUCUCCAGAAUGGCGUCAAGAUGACCAAUGAACCGCCUACCGGGCUCAAAGAGAACCUGAUGCGUUCCUAUAACUCGGAGCCCAUUAAUGACUAUGAGUUCUAUACUGGGUGCGCCAAGCAGGACCGAGCUUUUACCAGGCUGCUCUACGGAAUCUGCUUCUUCCAUGCUGUGGUCCAGGAACGUCGCAAGUACGGACCCUUGGGCUGGAACAUUGCCUACGGAUUCAAUGAGUCCGAUCUCCAAAUUUCUGUGCUGCAGCUGAGCAUGCUAUUGAACCAAUACGAACAUGUCCCCUACGAUGCCAUCUCGUAUCUGACCAGCGAGUGCAACUACGGCGGCAGGGUAACGGACAACUGGGAUCGGCGGGCCAUAGUGACAAUCCUGGCCGACUUUUGCAAUGCUCAGGUGGUGGGGGACAAUCGGUACAGGUUCGCCAGUGACGAUCGUUACAUUUUACCCAGGAAGACGGAGCACCGCGAGAUCCUGCGCUAUCUGGACGAGAAUAUACCUUCUUUGGCGCCGCCUGAGGUGUAUGGGUUGCAUGCCAAUUCGGGAAUCACCAGGGAUAUGCAAACGACCAAGACCCUGCUGGACUCGAUGAUCCUCCUGCUGGGCAGUGAGGCUGCUGGAUCCUCCGGAGCCGGCGUGAGUGUGGAGCAGGUCAUACUAGACACGAUCAAGCAGAUAGAGCGCGAGAUGCCACCGGACAUGGAUAUUGAGGCGGCGGCAGAGAAAUAUCCAGUUGACUAUAACGAGUCCAUGAAUACGGUGGUAGUCCAAGAGAUGGAGCGCUUCUUCAAGCUGCAGAAGGAGAUCCGUAUCUCCUGCCGAGAUCUGGCCAUGGGCAUCAAGGGCAUACUCGUGAUGACUCCGGACCUGGAGAACGUAAUGACGGCCAUGAAGUUCAACCGCAUCCCUACCAAGUGGAUGUCCAAGUCGUAUCCGUGCCUAAAACCACUCGGCUCCUAUGUCCAGGAUCUGUACAAGCGGCUUAACUGGCUGCACGACUGGCACCAUCGUGGGAAGCCGCCCACAUUCUGGCUGUCCGGUUUCUUCUUCACCCAGGCCUUCCUCACCGGCGCCAUGCAGAACUUUGCACGCAAGUACAAGAUCCCCAUCGACACUCUGACCUUUGACUACGAUGUGCUCAAGGUGGAGACGAAGACAUCGCCGCCGGAUGACGGCGUUUACUGCAACGGCCUUUACCUGGAGGGCGCCCGCUGGGAAUGGCGCGAGAAUACGCUGGUGGAGCAAUUCCCCAAGGUGCUCGUCUACGCUAUGCCCGUGAUCUUCUUCCGUCCGGUGCCCAUCCUAGAGCUAACCGAGGGCUCGCGCUACAAAUGUCCGCUCUACAAGACCGGCGAGCGCAAGGGCACACUCUCCACGACGGGUCACUCCACGAACUAUGUUGUCCCGCUGCUGCUGAAUACCCAUGCCAAGCCCUCGCACUGGGUCAAGCGCAGCGUGGCUCUCAUUUGCCAGACCAAUGACUGAUCCCAUGGACCCUGAUCCCUGUAUGUAAUCAAUUCAAUGAGGGGAACUCUUUUUUUUUUGGUUUAAGCCAUACGGUUAUUAAAGUAGAUGAUUAUAUUUAUAAAAUUUGUACAUUUUGCAAAUAACAAGAGAACAUCAUUGUUUUUUGCUCAACUGCUCAAGCCAAGCGCUAUCCAUAGGUGCAACUGAAAGAGUAAAAAAUUAUCAGAACAACAAAAAAAGAAAUUGUGUUACCCCAAUCUUUACCACAUUCAUGAUAGUUUGAAUAUCCAGUAUUUUCAAAAGUAUUACAAUUACUAUAUUACUUGUAUACGAUUUCUAAUUUGAAUCUAUUUAUAUUUACAGCCUUGCUGGGUAUUAUAAUUUUAUUUCAGAGAUAUUCUGAGCGAAAUGGAUCGAUACCCAAUGAUCCAAUUACAAACUGCAAAGAAAUUCAAGCUUUCUUUAUUAUCUAUUAUAGUUUGUGAUUCUUUUAAAUAAAUACAGCAAAUUUGUCA